AUGCCCAAAGAACGUCAAACAUGCACCGAGUGCUCUAUGCGCCGGCAGAAAUGUGAUCGAAACUUACCUUGCGGUCGCUGCGUCAAGCGGGGCGAUGCCGAUAAGUGCACCCGGGAAUGGCCAGAAGGUGGCUAUGAUCCCAGGAAACAUCGAAUAUACCCUCGGUCAUCCACAGCAGCGGAGGCCAGUCCUGCCUCCACCGCACCGUCACCAAGAAAUACGCAGGUCCAUGUCCCAGAAUCCGCCGUUCAUCCGUCUUUGAGGACGCCCAAGUCUGUAAACUCUGGACCCAGCCCUCGUGAACUGCCAGCAGUUCAUCCAAUCGUGUUCAACCCACAGCCGACUAAUGCUGCGGACCCGGCUGCCGAUAAUACUGCCCCUGUGCUAGAGUUCCUUACCUGGGGUCGGAACAAGUUGUCCGACUAUGAUCUAAAAGCGCUGGAGCUUCUCAAGGAGCCUCACCAGACGGGCAACGCUGGGCUUCCCAAGGACAGUGGUUCCGACUGGGAUAUAUCAAACGGCUUCGGUGGCACUGGUGCCGCUCAAGUCUCCUUUUUGCAGUUGCUACUUCCGAAUCGCAAGCAGGUCUUUCAGCUGGUCGAGUACCAUGUCAGCUCGAUCUUGUGGUACCAUGGCUGCUUCUAUGGCCCGACUUUCUAUGAUGAGCUGAAAGAAGUAUACAAGGGCCCUAGUGGAAUGCAAGUCAGAAAUAUGGACCUUCGCUGGACCGGCUUGCUCUUCGCUGUGAUGGCUGGGAGCAUGACUUGUGCGAGCGAGCAAUUGGCCCAAUCUUGGGGCUUUAAGAAGCACGAAAGAGCAAAACUCACGCGGCAGUGGUACAAGGCUACAGUGACGUGCCUUAACCUCGCAGACUACAUGUGGCGGCAUCAUAUUUACUCUGUACAAGCCAUCACAACUUUGACCAUGUCAGCUCAUAUCCUCGGGUUCAGCAACACUCAAAGUACCUUGUUGGGUGCAGCUGUCAAGAUUGCUCAGGGGCUUGGUUUGCAACGGCUCGGACACGAAGACGAGACAACCAAUGCCACCGGUACAUUGACUCCGUCCGCACCGGCUCAGCGGGAUAGGGUUAUCAGGCGAGAAACGGGUAGGAGGAUCUGGCAGCAACUGUGCAUCCAGGACUGGUUCUCAAUCCCCUUCUCCGAGAUGUACUCCAUCCAGAAGCUUCAUUUCACCACACUCAAACCCAUCCAUUGCGAUGACGACACGAUGGAACUCUUACCGGAAGAUGUUCCGAGCAUGACGAGCUUCCCGACGUUCCUGUGCCACAUUGCCGGCUUGAUGCCUCAGAUGCACGAUGCAAUUAUCUCCUCGAAUACCCUCUACACAAAAUAUGAGCAGGUGCUAGACUACGAUGCACAGAUGCGCUCCCUUGCCACCGAAGGGCUCCCACGAUUCUUCAACACCAGGGAAGCAAUCCAACCGGAAUGGCCUGUCUGGGUCCCAUGGGCCAGACGGAGCUUGACUAUCUGUUUUGCUCACAAGAUCAUCAUGAUUCACAGGGCAUUUCUGGGAAGGAGUUUUACCGAACAUACUUUCGAUUUUACUAGGCGGACGUGCAUGGCUGCCGCAAAGACGAUCCUCAAGGAAGCCAGGCAGGCGUAUGAUGAAGAAGGGCCAACGUUGUGGAUCGACCAGGCUUUCAUGGUCGCGGCAGGAAUAACCCUCGCCUUGGACAUUUUCCAUCGAAAGCCGAAUGAGCCCGAAUUUGAAGAACACCGAAAGCUGGUCGAAAACACCAUUGUCUUGCUGGGCAAGUUUGAGAACAGCAUGAUUGCACUGCGUGGCAUCCGGCUGCUUUCUUCUCUGCUCGCGGAGCAGGCUCGCUUGACAGCUGACCAGACACUGGAGAACUAUCGAAAGCGUACGCAUGACAGUAUGAGCGGAGAUCGGGGUCAACCCAAGCGGCAGAAAUUCAAUGUCCCCAAGUUUGUCGAGAAUUUCGUCGGGAACGACUCGUUCACGCAUUCCCUGCGGACCGCCAGUAGAGGCGUGGAGCCUUCUCUCGACCUUUACGAACCGACCGAUUCGAGAUCGAGGACGCCUGGGUCACAAGACCCCAUCACCAACUCAGACCUGGGUUACGAGACGUUCGAGCAACUCUUCCCUCCUCAUACCGGGAUCAGCAACAACUUCCUCUUUGAAGAUCUGCUGAAUUUCGACAUACAGGAAGCGCUGUGA